UUAGCAGCUCAAGCCAAGGCGCCAAAAUGGCGACCAGGAGCGUGGCCUCGCUUCCGUCGCUGCUUCUCCUGUUCGUGGUGCUGAGCUCGCCGGCGCGAGCGCGAGGCGACGCCGCGUUCCCCGUCAAUGUCUGGCCGAAGCCGACGUACAUGUCGUGGGCGGAGCCCCACAUGGCCGUGCGCGUGUCGAGCUCGUUCCACGUCGUCGGCGCCCCGUCGGGGAACGCCUAUCUCCUCUCGGCCGCGCGGCGUUACGCGGCGUUACUCGCCGCCGAGCGGUACCGCCCGCUCGUGACGCCGGCGGUGAACGUCACCGCGGCGCCGGGGGGGAGGGCCGAGCUGCGGUGCCUGACGCUCGCCGUCUCCGACCCGCACGCGCCGCUGCAGCACGGCGUGGACGAGUCGUACGCGCUGGAGAUCCUCCCUACCGGCGGCGCGGCCACGGUGACCGCCGCCACGGCGUGGGGCGCCAUGCGCGGGCUCGAGACGUUCUCGCAGCUGGCGUGGUGGGCCGGGCGGGAGCGGGCGCUGCUCGUCGCCGCCGGCGUGCGCGUCGAGGACCGGCCGCUGUACCCGCACCGGGGGCUGAUGCUCGACACCGGGAGGACGUACUUCCCCGUCGCCGACAUCCUCCGGACGAUCGACGCCAUGGCGGCCAACAAGAUGAACGUCUUCCACUGGCACAUCACGGACUCCCAGUCGUUCCCGAUCGAGCUGCCCUCGGAGCCGGCGCUCGCCGAGAAGGGCUCCUACGGCGAGGGCAUGCGCUACACCGUCGACGACGUCAAGCUCAUCGUCGACUUCGCCAUGAGCCGCGGCGUCCGCGUCGUUCCAGAGAUCGACUCACCAGGACACACGGCGUCGUGGGCCGGAGCUUACCCGGAGGCGGUGUCCUGCGCCGGCAAGUUCUGGCUGCCCGACGCGUCGGACUGGCCCAGCCGGCUCGCGGCGGAGCCGGGCGCCGGCCAGCUCAACCCACUGGAGCCCAAGACGUACCAGGUGGUGGCCAACGUCAUCAACGACGUCACCUCCCUCUUCCCGGACGGCUUCUACCACGGCGGCGCCGACGAGGUCACGCCGGGCUGCUGGAAGGCGGACCCCUCCAUCCAGGCCUACCUCGCCGCCGGCGGCACCCUGAGCCAGCUCCUCGAGCGGCUCGUCGGCGCGGCGCACCCGCUGAUCGUGUCCAGGAACCGCACGGCGGUGUACUGGGAGGACGUGCUGCUGGACCAGGCGGUGAACGUGACCCCGUCGGCGAUCCCGCCGGAGACGACGAUCCUGCAGACGUGGAACAACGGCGCCAACAACACCAGGCUGAUCGUGCGCGCCGGGUACCGCGCCAUCGUCUCGUCGGCGUCGUUCUACUACCUCGACUGCGGCCACGGCGACUUCGUCGGCAACAACUCCGUCUACGACGACCCGAGGAGCGACUACGACACCAACGGCGGCUCGUGGUGCGGGCCCUACAAGACGUGGCAGCGCGUGUACGACUACGACAUCGCGUACGGGCUCACCGCCGAUGAGGCCAGGCUGGUGAUCGGCGGCGAGGUGGCGAUGUGGACGGAGCAGGUGGACGCGGCCGUGCUCGACGGCAGGGUGUGGCCGAGGGCGUCGGCGAUGGCGGAGGCGCUGUGGUCGGGCAACCGCGACGGCGGCGCCACCGGCCGGAAGCGCUACGCCGAGGCGACCGACCGGCUCACCGACUGGCGGCACCGCAUGGUGGGGCGAGGGGUCCGCGCGGAGCCCAUCCAGCCGCUUUGGUGCAGGACCCGCCCGGGAAUGUGCAACGCAGUCCGGUGAACCACCCGGCAACAACCCCUAAAACUGUCACAGCAACUAAUCAU